GUUUUUCCUAAAUAGACAAAGUGGGGGAAAAAAUAGCAUUUGAGAGCAAAUCAAAAGAAAAUUCUUCCUGAGGUCGAGUUGUGAAACUACAAAACAAAAAUUUUCAAGAGGAAAUUGCAGACACUGAUACUAAUCUGGUGUGAUAUUAUCAACAUUUUUGGAUUGAUCCGGCCACCAUUAACAUACAAUAGUUUUUUUUGCCUAGUAAGAAGUGGAAUUUCCUUGGAAAUCACAAUGUUUAUUAACUGUACAGUAGGUCAUAAUUCAGAUGUAACUUCGUAAAACAUAAAUCUCAGUUCCCGUGACGUCACCAACAACAGUUUGUGAGGUUCUAAUUUGUGUUGGUAAAUGCCUCCCUUUCUAAUAUGGCGGCGGCGUUGACGUAGUCACACAUCCCGGUUGAGUGAAAUACGCAUGCCUGAACUGAACAAACGUUUUUGUGUGUGUGUGUGUGUGUGUGUGAAAGAGGCUAAUUUAAAUUCUACAAGUGUUUAAUGAUUAAGCUUUUAUUGGGUUUUUACCUGUUUUAUGAGCUGAACGAUUUAUCUGCAAGAACGGGAUUAACCAGUCUGUCUGGAAACUGCAAGGUAUCGGAUUAACGGUGUUUUGCAGAUUUAUAGUCACACUCGGUUGUGAUUUCAGCCGGCAUGUUCAGCGUGCUUCCCAGAGCAGCUGGCUCUGCCCUGAGGCAGUUUCAGCUGCCGUUUGCCCGCUCAGAGCCCUGCAUGUCGCUGCAGCUCCGCUUUGCAGCUUCUGCGACCCUCCGCUUGCUUGAAGACUGCCUCGAGGUCAGCUACGAGGGGACCCCGAUGCGUUUCAACUACGUGUGGCUGCGGGACCACUGCCGCUCAGCGUCCUCUUACAACUCCGCAACCCACCAGAGGAGCCUGGAYACCGGGAGCUUGGAGCUCACCCUGCGCCCUGAGAGCUCCGCGGUGGAAGACGGUCAGCUCGUCCUCACAUGGCCUGGUGGCCACGUGUCAGAGUUCAGCCUCGGUUGGUUGGCCGAGAACAGCUAUGAAGGAAGGAAGACGGUCAUGGAGCAGCCGCGCAUCCUGUGGAACGCUAACGUCUACCAAAACGCUCGCAUAUCAGCAGCCAAAUGGGACAAGUUCAUGAGCUGCGACAGCGAGCUGAAGAAGUUCCUUCAGAACUACCUCCUGUAUGGAAUUGCCUUUGUGGACGACGUUCCGGCGACUGUGGAAGCCACUGAGGAAGUCACCAGGAGAGUCAGUCUGAUCAGAGAGACUACUUACGGGAGAAUGUGGAGUUUUACAUCCGAUUUUUCCAGAGGCGACACUGCCUACAGUCAGCUGGCCCUCGACCGUCACACUGACACGUCUUACUUUCAGGAGCCAUGUGGAAUCCAGGUGUUUCAUUGCCUCCGACAUGAGGGUAGUGGAGGGGAGACGCUGCUGGUGGAUGGCUUCUACGCUGCGGAGAAGCUCCGCCAGCACUCCCCCGAGAACUUCGAGCUGCUGUGCCGCGUCCCCAUCAGGCACGAGUACAUUGAAAACACAGAAAAUCACCAAAACCACAUGACGGGCAUUGGCCCCGUGCUCAACGUCUACCCUUGGAACAGUGAACUCUACAUGAUCCGAUAUAACAACUACGACCGGUCGGUGAUGAACACGAUGCCCCACGACAUCAUCCGACGAUGGUACGUAGCACAUCGACAGCUCACCACAGAGCUACGGCGGCCAGAGAACGAGCUGUGGGUGAAACUCACUCCAGGCAAAGUGAUUUUUAUUGACAACUGGAGGGUGUUGCAUGGGAGGGAAUCUUUCACCGGCUUGAGGCAGCUUUGUGGAUGUUAUCUGACCCGAGACGACGUCCUCAGUGCUGCACGCUGCUUUGGACUGCAAGCCUAAACAUACAGAUUCUGUCAUUUCAGUGCCUUAAUCGUCUGACGUUGGACUCGGAGUCCCUUCAGUCCAGGAAGAUGUUCUGCUUUGCUCAGAACAUCUUCCUAUAUUCCGAUAAACAAGCAAUAUUACAUAUAUUUUGUAAUAUUGCUUGUUUUUAAAGAUUUUUUGUUUAGAAUUGAGCAGUGCCGUGUGAGAAGCUCAAGGUUUGGGAUAUUGUCUUAGAACCUAAUCCUUAAGAUUCUCCGUACCUGACCUGUGCUGUUCUAACUAACCUCUGGGGCCUUCACAAAACUUACAGAUUCACACUGAGAUUAGAU